AUUCUAAUCUCGUCACACACCCAAAUACAGAAUUAAAACCCUAGGCGUUAAUCUCAGUUAGUCACUUCUUUGCCCGUGGUUUCCAAUCGUUCUGUGUUUUUGGCUCUUUGUUUUCGUCUUCUUUCGCUGGUUAAAUCCGAUCGCAAAUCUUUUGGGAUUUAGUGAGAGAGAGAGAGAGCGAGAGGAAUUUGAGGUACUCGUGUUUGUUUGCCACGCACCACCUAACUCCAAGGAGUCAAAUCUAGUCAUGUUCCUAUUUUUUUGGUAUAUGAAGAGGAGCUCUUGAUUCUCAGGCUUAUGCCCGUUGAGCUUUCGUUCGGGGCUUCUAGGGCUUGGUUUGCGGUUCGAUUGCUCUGCGAGCUGCGAUUUCGUUUCUGAGUGACUUUGAUAUAUUGCUGGAAGAAAGCGGAUUGUACAAAAGGUUAAUUAGGAUUAUAGAUGGUAUAGGGAGUUAUGAGAUUUACUUUCGCAUGCUGUGGUAUUGCUUGUGUUCUCGGUAAUAGACGUGUUGAAGCUGAACUGUUUUAUUUAAGAGGGUAAGAUGCCAUCUCCUUAUUUUUCAAGGCUUAGAGCGGUAGUUCAGAGAUCGAUUGUUGGGGAUGAUGGUGCGGUUCAAGACUCGGUUAGAGUGUUUAUAGGGAAGGAGAAAUUGUUGUUUGGCAAUUCUUGGAUGUUCCACUCCAGAUCAUUCUCGAGUCUUUCAGAGCUGCAAGCACUUUUACGACCGGGCACUGUUGUUCCUGCAAGCUUGGAUUCACAAGUAGUUAAUCAGAGAAAGAACCUUUCUGUUGUUGGAGCUAUUUCUCGCACAUUCUCUAUUCCAUCUGUCUCGGGACCCUCGUUUCAGGUUUGUGGGUAUCACAUUGAUAUUGCACUCUCUGAUCUCAAUCAAGUUUCAAUCAGCAGCAAGUUCCAGAAUAAACCUAUGGCUGCCUCUGGUUCUAGAGUUGUGUUUGGAGAAUAUUAUAGAAGUAAAUUGACUUCAAGGCGUGAGCAUCGUCUGCCAGUUAGUGACAGUGCCAGUAUAAUUUACAACAGCAGAAUUAGAAGUUUUGACAGUUGUCAAAAAGCUACCAUGAGUUUGAAAAACAGAGAACAACCAAACAAUAGUGCAAUUUAUGGAUACUUCAUAAAUGAAGCUGGGAAGAGGUUGUUUAGUUCUUUUCCAUUUUUAGGAUCAGGAUCAAGAGAACUUCAUAGCUCAUCUUCUACAUGUUUCUCUGCUGGGCCUGCCCAUGACGUGUCUUUUGAUAAUUCUUCCCGUGAGGAGCAACUUUCUGGUUCUGCAGAUUCAUCUGAUCAGAAAAUUACAGCCGGAAAAUCCCUAAAACUAGUUUCAGGAUCAUGCUACCUGCCUCAUCCAGAUAAAGAAGAAACUGGUGGCGAAGAUGCUCACUUUAUCUGUGUUGAUGAACAAGCAUUAGGCGUGGCAGAUGGUGUUGGUGGGUGGGCAGAUCAUGGUGUCGAUGCCGGCCUAUAUUCCCGGGAACUGAUGUCUAAUUCAGUUACUGCUGUGCAAGAGGAACCUAAGGGAUCAAUUGACCCAGCUAGAGUCUUGGAGAAAGCUCAUUCAAUCACAAAAGCUAAAGGUUCUUCAACAGCAUGCAUAAUAGCACUCAAUGAACAUGGUAUCAAUGCCAUUAAUUUAGGUGACAGUGGGUUUAUGGUGGUCCGAGAUGGGUGCACAAUCUUCCGAUCCCCUGUUCAGCAACAUGACUUUAAUUUCACUUAUCAAUUGGAAAGUGGAAGUUAUGGCGAUUUACCUAGCUCUGGCCAGGUUUUUACAGUUCCUGUAGCUCCUGGGGAUGUUAUAAUCGCUGGGACGGACGGACUGUUUGACAACUUGUACAACAACGAGAUUACAGCAGUGGUGGUGCACGCUGUGAGAGCUGGCUUGGGGCCUCAAGUAACGGCUCAAAAGAUUGCAGCAUUGGCACGGCAACGAGCACAGGACAAAGACCGGCAAACUCCUUUCUCCACUGCUGCCCAAGAUGCUGGUAUCCGCUAUUAUGGUGGAAAGCUUGAUGAUAUUACCGUCAUUGUGUCGUAUGUCUCCGGUUCUAGUGAUAAAUGACGCUCUUGCUCCCUUUCUUUCUACAUGUGUAUAUAUAAUCCACGUGAUUCAUGGCUAUUCUUCUCAUGUUUUUUGUAGAGUCAGAGACUGCUCUGGCGGUUUAUCGUUAUAGUAACACUCCUGUUUCGUUAUUGUGAAAGCGAGAAAGUAUUUAGUAGUCUUAAAUUGCAUGUUCUAGUACCUUGCUUUGUCGAUAUAAGGUCCUGGAUCUCAAUUGCACCUCAAUGUUGACACAAAUUUUGGUGUUAUACUUAA